AUGCCCGCCUCCCCGCAGACAGUGCCGCCACUCUCGCAGGAGUUUCACACGCUGAGCGUGCGCGACACCGUGCACGUGCUCAAGACAGACGCCAACAACGGCCUCCGCGCGUCUGACGCGCAGGAGCGCCUGGCCACGUACGGCGAAAACACGCUCGGUGACGACUCCGCCAUCGACUUCAAAAGCAUCCUCAUCCACCAGGUGUGCAACGCGAUGAUCCUCGUGCUGUUCAUCUCGAUGGUGAUCACGCUCGCGAUCCGCGACUGGAUCUCGGGCGGCGUGAUCGCCUUCGUCGUCUUCAUCAACGUGGCCAUCGGGUCCUUCCAGGAAUACAAGGCGUCCAAGACCAUGAACUCGCUCAAGUCGCUCAGCACGCCUAGCGCGCACGUUGUGCGCGACGGCAGCGACGAGACCAUUGCCAGCCAGCAGCUCGUCCCCGGUGACCUCUGCGUUGUCAAGGCCGGCGACACAGUGCCUGCAGACCUGCGUCUCGUGGAAUGUGUCAACUUUGAGACCGACGAGGCCCUGCUGACCGGCGAGUCGCUGCCCAUCGCCAAGGACUCGUCCCAGGUAUACCCCGCCACCGAGGACACCCCCGUGGGUGACCGCCUCAACCUGGCCUUUGCCAGCUCCACAGUGUCCAAGGGACGUGCCACCGGUAUCGUCGUGAAGACCGCACUCGACACCGAGAUCGGCAAGAUCGCACAGAGCUUAAAAGGCGACAACUCCCUGAUCUCCAAGGACGAGAACAAGUCCUUCUGGGGCAACGCCGCCGUUACCCUCAAGACCACCAUCGGCUCCUUCCUGGGCACCACCACCGGCACCCCGCUGCACCGCAAACUCUCCAAGCUGGCCGUCUUGCUAUUCUUCGUCGCAGUGGUCUUCGCCAUCGUGGUUAUGGCCACCCAGAAAUUCGUUGUCAACAAGGAGGUUGCCAUCUACGCUAUUUGUGUCGCAGUCUCCAUGAUUCCCUCCUCGCUGGUCGUGGUUCUCACGAUCACUAUGUCUGUUGGCGCCAAGAUUAUGGCAACCAGAAACGUCGUGGUGCGCAAGUUGGACUCUCUCGAGGCUCUGGGCGCCGUCAACGACGUUUGCUCCGACAAAACAGGUACUCUCACUCAAGGGCGUAUGAUCGUCAAGCAGGCUUGGAUCCCCUCCUUUGGCACCGUGACCGUCUCCAACUCCAACGACCCAUUCGACCCCACUGAUGGCAAUAUCGAACUCAUCCCCCGUUUCUCCCCACACGAGUACAACCACAACGAUACCGAGGACGUCGGGAUCAUCACUGACUUCAAAAACAAGUUCUUCGCAGACGCGCUUCCUCAAGAACUGGAUUCUGAUCUGUUUAUGAACUGGCUAAAGACCGCCACACUGGCCAACAUCGCACACGUAUAUCAGGACCCAGAAACCGGCGAUUGGAAGGCCCACGGUGACCCCACUGAAAUCGCCAUUCAGGUUUUCGCCCACAAGAUGGACUUUCCCAGAACCGCCUUAACUUUGGAAAACCAAUCUGACUCUGAGAGCGAGGUAGGAAGCUCUACUGAGAAGCUGCCCGAACAAGAAGCUCAAUACAAACACGUUGCCGAAUUCCCCUUCGACUCCUCUGUAAAGAGGAUGUCUGCAGUGUACGAUUCUCUAAAAGAGAACAACCGCCGCCAUGUUUUCACCAAGGGUGCAUUUGAAAGAGUCCUAAGCUGCUGCACGAAAUGGCUCCCUGAUGGCCACGACGAAAAGAACGCUAGAUCUAUGACCCAGGAAGACAAGGACCAAGUUUUGAAAAACGUUGAGACGCUGUCUUCCGAAGGCUUGCGUGUCCUGGCCUUCGCCACCAAAUCUUUUGAUGAGGCACAAGCUCAAGAGCUGGGCUCCAAGUUAACCAAGGAUCGUGACUUUGUCGAAAGCGAGUUGAUUUUCCUUGGCUUGGUCGGUAUCUACGACCCCCCACGCCCUGAGACUGCUGGUGCCGUGAAGCAAUUCCACAAAGCCGGCAUCAAUGUCCACAUGCUAACAGGUGACUUUCCUGGUACUGCCAAGGCUAUUGCUCAGGAAGUCGGAAUUUUGCCCAGUAACUUGUAUCAUUACCCCAAGGAGGUUGUCGAAUCUAUGGUUAUGACUGCCGCCCAGUUUGAUCAGCUAACCGAUGAAGAGAUCGACAACCUACUGGUUUUGCCACUAGUCAUUGCUCGUUGCGCGCCACAAACCAAAGUGCGGAUGAUUGACGCUUUGCACCGUAGGGAUAAGUUUUGUGCCAUGACUGGUGAUGGUGUCAAUGACUCUCCCAGUUUAAAGAAGGCCAAUGUUGGUAUCGCAAUGGGAAUUAAUGGCUCAGAUGUUGCCAAAGAUGCUUCUGAUAUUGUUUUGAGUGACGACAACUUCGCUUCCAUCUUGAAUGCCGUCGAAGAGGGUAGAAGGAUGAGCGAUAACAUCCAAAAGUUUGUUCUUCAGCUUCUCGCUGAAAAUGUUGCACAAGCUUUGUACUUAAUGAUUGGGCUGUGCUUCUUAGAUGAACAAAAGUUGUCCGUGUUCCCGCUAUCUCCUGUCGAAGUCUUGUGGAUUAUUGUUGUUACGUCUUGUUUCCCCGCCAUGGGUCUUGGACUUGAAAAGUCAGCCCCAGAUAUCAUGGAAAAGGAGCCAAAGAACUCAAAAGUAGGCAUCUUCACCUGGGAAAUUAUCUUGGACAUGUUAGUGUACGGUACUUGGAUGGCUGCUUGCUGCCUGGCUUGUUUCGUAACCGUGAUCUACGGUAAAGGCAACGGCCAACUGGGUGUGGACUGUAACAACUCGUACUCGGAAAGCUGUCACUACGUUUUCCGCGGUCGUGCUGCUACAUUUGCCAGUAUGACUUGGUGUGCACUGAUUUUGGCCUGGGAAGUUAUUGACAUGAGAAGGUCGUUCUUUAAGAUGCAACCCGAGACCGACACACCAUACACACAAUGGAUGAAAGAUAUCUGGUCUAAUCAGUUUUUGUUUUGGUCGGUAAUUUUCGGCUUCCUCUCGGUCUUCCCUGUGGUUUACAUCCCAGUGAUCAACGAUGAUGUCUUCAAGCACAAGGGCAUAGGAUAUGAAUGGGGACUUGCGUUUGCAUACACAGUUGCGUUCUGGAUUGGCGCUGAAGUUUAUAAAUACUUCAAGAGAUGCUACUUCAAGAACAAAGGCAAAGCGCGCAACCCAGAAAACGACUUGGAGAGCAAGCGUGUCCAUGACCCCUUCGAGAAGUAUAACACUGCACACUCUGGCUCCACUACUUUGCAGGUCACUGUAGGAGACUAUAAGAAUUGA